AUGCCAGCCCCUCGUGCGGAUAGCCGAAAUGGUCGGAAGCGACGCAAAACCCUGACAGAAUCCAAUCAUGUCCUUGCGGAUUCGAAAUUGGUCACUGGGGUGAUUGAAAAUGGUUUAAAUUCCACCCCGGUUAUCAAACCUCGAGCCUACCAGCUGGAAAUGCUGGAGGCGAGUCUACGCGAGAAUAUCAUUAUUGCCAUGGACACGGGAAGCGGCAAGACUCAGGUGGCAAUUCUUCGAAUCAGACAUGAACUUGAAACAUGCGCUGCGCACAAGUUCGUCUGGUUUUUGACCCCCACUGUCGCUCUUGCCGAACAGCAGCAUAAAAGUAUAUCCGAGCAGCUCUCUGCAUAUGAAACAAGACUCCUUUUAGGUUCGGACAAUGUGAAUUACUGGUCGACCAAAAAGAUCUGGGACGAUAUACUGUUGAAUAUCAGAAUUGUUGUUUCAACCCCUCAAGUGCUUCUUGAUGCCAUGACACAUGGGUUCGUAACCAUGCCUCAAAUCGCUUUACUUGUCUUCGAUGAGGGUAUCGCAAUUGAGGACAAUCUGAACGCACGUUGCGAGACGCCGAGGAUCCAUCGGGAAGAGUUGAUGCGAUAUGUUCAUCGUCCAGAACUCUGUACUGUGAAUUUCCAGGAAGAUGAUUCACUAGGUUCAGACAUUUUACGAAGCUUACAUGAAAUCCUCCAAGCUGUCGAUAUGGAACAAGAUCCCUGGAUCAAAAAACUUAGACAACAAAAGGACCAAAGAAGCCAAGUAAAUUUGCUGAAUGCUCUGGAGAAGCGUAAAACAUUUUGUAUGGCUCAGAUGUCUAAGCUUCUAAGACAAGCCGUUAGUAUCCAUGAGGAUUUGGGACAAUGGGCUGCAGACGCAUUCAUUUCAGAAGUCUUAAAAAGACUUGAGACCAAACGAGCCAGGCAGCCAACGGACAUUCUUGAUACACUAGAACGAAAAGAAGCGAACUUUGUCUUUGAAACUCUAUCGCAAUUGCCAAUACAGCCUGGUAAACAGUAUUGGGAUAGCGAGCCCGAUCGAGUCUCUGGGAAGGCCAAUCUCCUUAUAGACCUUUUGGAGAAGGAGUAUACAUCAGAUUUUACUGGGAUUAUAUUUGCCCAACAAAGGUCAACCGUUACAAUGCUUGCACAUCUCAUUUCUAGACAUCCCCGGUUGAAGCAUAUGUUUGUAUCUGGUGCUUUUUUGGGUGAUUCUGGCUAUGCGGGUCGAACAUCAACGAUAAUCGAACUUCACGACUUGAAGACUCAAAAAGGCUCAAUAGAUGACCUACGGUCCGGGAAGAAAAAUCUGCUUAUCGCAACAUCUGUUCUUGAAGAAGGCAUUGAUGUGUCAGCCUGCCAUCUUGUGAUCUGUUUCGAUACCAUCAACAAUCUCAGGUCUUUUAUUCAGAGAAGGGGCCGGGCCCGGAAAGAACGCUCUAAAUUCGUCAUGUUUCUGAAUGGUGACGAUAAUUCCCAAGGAAAUAAAUGGACCAAAAUGGAAGAUGUCAUGAAGAGUAUGUACGAGGAAGAUAUGCGCAGGCUCGAGGAUGUUUGGGCGAAAGAGAACGUCGAAGAGGAAAGUGAUGAAGAUCACCGGAUUGAAUCCACAGGUGCUCUCUUAACUUUUGAGAAUGCUCGACCCCAUUUGGAACAUUUUUGUGCCACUCUUCAAUGUGAAUUCACAGACACUCGGCCUGUUUUCAUGUUCCGUGAAAACGAACUAGAUGGGAUGGUCACUGCUAAAGUCUUACUGCCCAACGUACUCGAUCCCAAAUUUCGAGUAAUAAAGGGCUCUAAAUGGUGGAGAACAGACCAGCUCGCCCAGCGCGAUGCUGCAUUCCAGGCAUAUCUUAAACUUUAUCAGGAGGGUCUCGUCAAUGACCAUUUGCUACCAGUACAUUGCAUGACUAUGGAGCAUCCAGCGCUGGAAUACUCUGAGAAGGGGCCCAAUCUUGUAAAGGUAGCCGGACGUUUCAAUCCGUGGCGUAUGAUUGCAAAUAACUGGGAAACGACGAAAACUUUCUAUCAGAGUCUGAUCGAAAUAUCACCUGGCUCUCUCUUAUUUCCUAAAAUGCGCAUGGUGCUACCAAUGCCCCUCCCCUGUCAGAUCACAUUUAAGAUUUAUUGGAACGAGAAGAGUACUUUCAAUGUGUGUUUGAAACCGUUGCCGUCGAACUUCAAGCCAAGUCUUGUCAAGUAUGCUGCUGAUACGACUUAUACCAUCUUAGCCUCAGUGUUUGCUCAUAGGAUGCUUCCGGAAUGUUUGGAUUUCUCUUGUUUAUUUCUUCCCGACAUGGAAUUAACCGGCGAAACUAUCAUGGAAUGGUGGUCGUCUGUGCAAGGAAAAAUUCCAGCCAGCGAUGCAUCCGGUUAUGACCACCAGGACAUUAAGAAUUUAGGACUUGUCAGGAGGCUCGACAGGACAAUGCGGCCGUGGACGGUUGAGCGAUAUAGAUGGAUGAAGAGGGUUUAUGAAAACACGCAAUUAGAAGACAUUGACAGCAGUUCUGAAGCGGGGGAGCUGGAAAUCCUUCACGUUGAGGGCACAGCAUGGCCCAAGCGCACUGAUUUUUUGCAUCCUGUAGCUCACAGUGGUGGCUUACAUCUCCACCACACAGCCAAAAAGUGUUAUCCCGCCAGCGACUGCUCUAUUGAUAAACUACCCCUUGAGUACUCCAUGUUUGCCCUCCUCGCUCCGUCAAUCAUCCAUAACGUCGAAAUCUAUCUUCUCGCAGAGGAAUUGAACAAAACUAUCCUCCGGCCCGUUGCUUUUACAGAUCUGAGCCUUGUCAUCACUGCGAUAAGCGCAUCUGUAGCGAGGGAAGCAACCAACUAUCAACGUAUUGAAUUUUUGGGUGACAGCAUACUCAAGUUCCAAACAACCCUCCAGUUGACAGCGGCGAAUCCUAUCUGGCACGAGGGCCUUCUAUCAAGAGCCAAGGACACUGUGGUAUCCAAUAAGCGGCUCUCAUACGCAGCCAUUGAAACAGGUUUAGACAAGUUCAUUCUGCUGGAUGUUUUCACAGGAGCAAAAUGGCGACCACCGUGUAACAAGGACCAUCUCGAAAGUGAAGAGCAGGACGUCCCUCAACGAGAAAUGUCCACAAAAACCCUCGCAGACGUAGUUGAAGCUCUGCUUGCGGCCGCCACUCUAGAUGGGGGUCAAAGAAAAGCCGAAAAGUGUCUCGAGAUUUUCCUUCCUGAACUUCAGUGGAUGCCUCUUGAAGAUCGGGUUAACGCCCUCUACAGCUCUGUUCCAGAAGCGUACGAGAAUACCCUCACAUCUUGGUUCCAGGAGGUUGAAAGUCUAGUGGGAUAUGUCUUCAACAAGAAAGUUUUCCUGGUUCAAGCCUUCACCCACCCAUCCAACCCUGGCUCGAAAACAUCGUCAUACCAACGGCUGGAAUUUGUUGGCGAUGCGAUCCUGGAUCAUAUAAUUGUCUACCACCUGUUCAAUGCCCCUCGAACCUUCCCCCAUUUCGACAUGCAUUUGAUGCGCACAGCACUCGCCAAUGCAGAUUUCCUCGCAUUUCUCUGCAUCGGUAUGUCUACCGAGCGGGUGCGCGGCGAGAUCGCCGAGUGCUCAAAGGAAAACACGUCGACAACAUUGACCACCCACAAAGUCUCCCUCUGGCAGUACAUGCGCCACGGCACGUCAUGGGAACUCACCGCCGCCCAACAACAAACCGCAAAUCAAUACGAAACACUGCAGGCCGACAUUUCAGAAGCCCUGGAGGGGUCCCACACGUAUCCCUGGACUCUCCUUUCACGGUUGCAUGCGCAAAAGUUCUUCUCCGACCUCAUAGAGUCUGUUCUUGGCGCUAUAUUCAUUGACUCACAUGGCUCGCUGGACGCAUGCACUGCAUUCCUGGAGCGGAUCGGACUGAUGAAGUUCCUGCGACGCAUGCUAGUUGACGAGGACAUGGACUUUAUGCACCCCAAGCAGCGCCUCGGAGAGGAGGUAGGUACAAGGAAGGUACGCUACGAGGCGGAACAUGUUGUUGAUGAAGAAGGAGGGAUUGGUACGCUGGGUUAUUGGACGUGUAAGGUGUUUGUAGGGGAUGAGUGUGUUGUUGAGGCAAAUGACGGAGUCAGUCUUAUGGAGGUUGAGGCCAAGGCUGCAGAGGCUGCUUUGGCGGUUAUACGGGCCAGAGGCGGUGUUGAUGUGGAUGCUGAUAUUGGCUUCGCUCAUGCUGGUGCUGGUGUUCGUGAUGGUAUUGGUGAUGGUGAUGGGGAUAGUAGUGAUGAUGAUAUCGUUGGUGUCAAUGUCGCUGUUAACGAAGAUGGCGAUGGCGAUGUUCUUUUGACGUAA